UACAGAAAGCUGAUUGUGGGUCAGACAUCAGGCUGCUGUGAAAGGUGCUGACAUGAAGUUUCAGGGAAUCAUGUGGAGGUUGGUCCUGACUGUCAGUCUGCUCUGCUGGAGAUCUGAGGGCCGAGUGACCUGCAGAAAUAUCACCAGUGGUGAAGUGGACUGGUUCAUCUUAUACAAGGAACCCAAUAUAACUAAAAAUCGAACUGGUCUGAGGUAUGUUUACAUUGAUUCAACAACAAAACUGCCUGCAACUGUCUAUGAGAACAUCAAGGAUCCAGAAGGCGUCCUGGCAAACACCCUGCAGCCUCUCUUUACUUCAAUGGUGAGAGUCGUUGGUCCGUCAUCAAACUUUGGAUUCAUCAGCUACAGCGACCAGCCUCCAGGGAGUAAUGCUGGUUCUGACUAUGGCCACAGUAAAGGAGUUGUGAUGGUGGAGAAAGACAAGACAGGAGUCUGGCUGCUGCACAGCACACCACAGUUCCCUUUCAGUAGAAACACCAAGACAUUCUGGCCUGACAGCGGAGCGAAAAAUGCUCAGAUGUUUAUCUGUGUGACGUUCCCCUACAAAGAGUUCGAGCAAAUAGGUAAACACCUGCAGUACAUCAGAGCUUUCCCAUUUGACAGUCAGGUUCCAGGCAACUUUCAUCCAGAACUGAGGGACGCUGCAGACAAGGUCCAAAGUCCUCCGCCCAAAACGUUCCAGGAGCUGAGAUCAGAAAAGGGACAGAUUUUUCGCAGCUUUGCUAAACAACAGUCAGACGAGCCAGGAGUUGGAGAUCUUUACGUCACUAUUGCAAAAGGACUCGGCAGUGAUCUGCAUGUCCAACACUGGAGCUGCCAGAAUGACCGUUCCUAUUGUGGAUUUGACCAAAAAGUUUUAAAUAUUAAAAAUAUAGAAACUCCUCUGGGUACCUGGGGCACAUGUGAUCAUUCAAAGUGGUGUGUAGCUACAAAUCCAAGUACACCUUGGAGCUGUGUUGCUGAUAUGAACAGGGCAAAAACCCAGUACCAGAGGCGUGGAGGGGCGCUGUGCAUUAAGAAUGAACAAGUGCAGAAAAGGUUUCUUAAGUUUGUUGUGGGCAUUGAGGACUGUUCCACUACAGAGAGGAAGAGGAAAAUCAGUUCCUCUGAGUCAGAAUGUUUCCUUUUGGAGAAGAGGGAGAAAUUCGGUCUUGGUUUUGUUCCUUUCCUGAACAGAGCUCACCUGGCAGGCUCGGACUCUGAAGUCCGGUUCUUCUCUGUCCUGUUUUCUGUGGUGCUGAUUUAUCUUUUUCAAAGCUGAGGUGAAUCCUGUCCUGCUUUUCUGAAUCUACGGGCUGAUAAAAACAGGUGGACUCACAGCAACACACAGACGUGAUGCUGAGCUGAGAGAGCAGAGACACGUCGCCCCAGAAGUCUGGAUCCCUCAGAGACCAGAUAAUAUUCACACAGAUUCAGCAUCACAUCGUACACGGGUCUCUCUGAGUCCAGAACCACCAUGAACCAUCACAUCAACAUGUUUGGACUGCCGUUACUUAGCUAAGCAUGUUUAAAACCUUUUUCCAAACAUUUACUGGAACUAAGUCACAAAUAUUAAAUCUAAAUAUUCUAUAUAAUCAAUUUAACAGUCAUUUAAAGGAGAUAUUACUCAACAGUCAAUGUUUUUUAUAAUUAAAACUGAUUUUGACUAUAUGAAUCUUUAAUCUCUAAUGAUUAAUAACCAAAGAGUACGAAUUAAAGAAAUUAUACUUAAUGUGAUUUGAACAAAGGAUUUUAGAUCAUCACAAAACUUCAUCAGUAAACUCAAUAUCUCUAAUCACAGUAUCAAGUUUCUGGUUCAGUUGGGCAACAUUAAAUUUCUCAGUAUAUCACAACUAUUAUUUUCAAGUUAAGAGCAGAACGCGUGUGAAACAAGAUUCGGUGAUGAAAUUACGUAGUAGCAUUAGCUACAUUAGCAAUAUUAGCUUUGUCGCGUUAGCUAACUAAGGUGACUGAAUUUAUUUUCCGUUCUUUCAAAUCUGAUUUCCGUGUCAACUUUUAAAUUCAGAAACUACACUAACACUUUCUAUUUCACCAUUCACAGGUUAACAACGCAGCCUAAAUAUAAGAUUGUGUUUAACUAGAAAAAUGCUCGUCUGAGAGACAAUACAGCUGUUUUUUCAUUGUUCAUUUCAUACGAAAAUCCUCAGCCAAAACUAAAUUAGCCUACAAUAAACGACAGAAUAAUAGAACAUGACCCAAUUAGAGAGGGGUAUCAGUACCAGUAUCUUUGUUUUACUAUUCUUCAGACCAUAAAAUGCUUUGAUAAAGGCCUAAUGUUUGAUUUCUAUUUGGAAAUGCUGUAUUUGUGUUUUCUUUAGACCACUUGUCUUUGUGAAUGUAUUAUGUUCCAGGUACAAGAUAUAAGUCUGUUUUUCACAAAUAGCUGAACCAGUCAAUGUCUUAAAUGUAAUGUCUUAUUUUAAAUCUAACCAAAAUAAUUUGGUUAGAUUUGAGGUGUGGCGAUGGAGCAGUGGAUAAGACAAAACAAAAAGUUUAAGAACAGCCCACAGGCAAGAUGUCCGCAUAAGAAAAUCCAAGUGCCACAUGCAGGGGGGCCGCCAGGAAUUUUGGGCCCCAUGACAAAAAAAAUCUAAAUUGGACCCCCUCUGCACAGCUGUUGUCGCCACUUCUCUAGGACCUAAGUGUCCCAUCAAAAGCUUUACAUAACUCUAAUUAAAGGCUUGAAAGUG